AUGGCUAAAUCACGUCUAAUUCCAAAGAAAAUUCACUCUGCUAAGAAAGCGCCUUGUAAAAUUGCAUUGAACACCGCCGCUAUGCUAGACAAGAACUUAUGUAAAGACCUAGAAAAACUAAUUGAACACAAACUUAGUAACGGAAUUCUGGAAUCAUCUGCUAACGCUGAAGAAAUGUGGCAAUUGAUAAAGAGGGAAAUAACGCAGGCAUCCGAAAAGGUGUUCGGCAAGAAAGGAAAGAUUUCCAGUGACUGGUUUGGGGAGUAUGAACACAUUCUGCUACCAUUAAUUGAGCGGAAACGUACAGCUUACAUAAACCUAUUGAACAGCCAUAGAGAUCCUGCAAGACAAGCUGCAUACAAGGCAGCCAAAGCAGAAGUGCAACGCACCAGUCGCAGUUGUGCGAAUGAGUACUGGGUUAAACUCUGCCAGUCUAUACAGCAAUGUCGGGAUGUGGGUGACUUUAGGGGCAUGUACCAGGGAAUAAAAUCAGCAAUCGGCCCGACAAAACGUAAACGUGCAGCGAUCAAGGACCUCGAUGGAAAUCCGAUUACCGAGAAAGCUAAGGAACUUGAUAGAUGGGCACAACACUACUCAAACCUGUUCUCUCAAGAAGUGUCUAUGCACCCCGCCACACUGGCUAAUUUGAGUUUUCGAUCGGCGGUGACUGAGCUUGACAACCCCCCCACAGGCGAAGAAUUCUUUGAAGCUCUCCAGAGUCUGAAAUUGGGUAAAAGUACAGGUCUUGAUAACUUACCUGCUGAACUUGUGAAAAUCGGUUGCGUUUCUUCUCCCCUGUACACUCUCUUACUGCGCUGUUGGGAUGAGGGAACUAUUCCUCAAGACAUGAGAGAUGCGGAUGUCAUUACCCUAUAUAAAGGCAAAGGAGAUAGAGGAGACUGUAAUAACUACAGGGGCAUAUCCUUGCUAAGCAUUGCAGGAAAGGCAUUUGCAAAAGUUGUUUUGCGAAGACUGAACACCUUAGCCUCCCGGAUCUUCCCCGAGUCGCAGUGCGGGUUCAGAGCUGGCCGUUCGACCAAUGACAUGAUAUUUACUCUCCGGCAACUGCAGGAAAAAUCUCGUGAACAUCGUGUACCGCUGUAUAUGGCCUUUGUCGAUCUCAACAAGGCAUUUGAUACCGUGAGUAGGGAUGGUCUAUAUGAAGUAUUGAGCGGAAUUGGAUGUCCUCCUAAACUUUUAUCAAUCAUCAAGUCCUUCCAUGAUGGCAUGAAUGCCUCCGUCAUAUUUGAUGGUGAAAAGUCGGUGCCUUUUCGCGUAAACCGUGGAGUCAGACAAGGCUGUGUGCUAGGACCUACCCUCUUUAAUAUCUUCUUCUCGGCUCUGCUUCUGACUGCUUUUGAGGAGUGCGAUGUCGGAGUACACCUGCAUACUAGAAAGGAUGGGAAACUGUACAAUAUUAGUCUUCUCAAGUCCAAAAACAAGCGUCUAGACGUAAUUGCUAGAGAACUUCUGUAUGCGGAUGAUGCUGCACUAGUUGCAAACUCUGAAAGCGAACUUCAGGAGUUGGUGACACGUUUUGGUCGCGCCUGUCGACUGUUUUCUAUGAGCGUCAACACCAAGAAGACUGUCAUCAUGGUGCAAGGCGUAAGCCAAUCUCCGAGGAUCAUACUCGACGGUGCUGUACUCGAUGUUGUGGACCAUUUCUGCUAUCUUGGCUCUACUACCUCGCAGUCUCUAUCUAGCGACAAGGAGAUUGAUACUCGGAUAGGCAGAGCAUCAACUGUUUUUGGGAAGCUUUUUGCGCGCGUAUGGAGAAACCGUAUGCUCACUACUUACACCAAAGUCCUUGUAUACCAGACCUGCGUACUAAGUGUAUUGCUGUACGCAUCGGAAACAUGGACUACAUACGCGAAACAAGAACGCAAGCUCAACGCUUUCCACAUGCGCUGCCUGAGGACUAUUCUUGGAGUUACUUGGCAAGAUAAGAUUAGCAACGAGGUAGUGCUCUCAAGAACGCAUUGUUGCAGCCUAACUGCUAUGUUAAAGCAGAGAAGACUUCGCUGGCUCGGUCACGUACAUCGCAUGGACCCUGAGAGACUACCACGCCAAGUUAUGCUGGGUCAGAUAGCGGACGUAAAAAGACCUGUUGGGCGUCCAGCUCUACGGUUUAAGGACUCCUGUAAGCGGAACAUGGACAGUUUUGGCAUUCGGACCGACAGUUGGGAGAAACGUGCUGAAAUGAGACCGGAAUGGCGUCACGACAUUAAGGUCGGAACAUCAAAGCACGACGAUGACUGGCUGGAGAACCUUAAGCAGAAAAGUCUUCGUCGUGCUCUACCACCUCCUGCGGACUCGCGUUUUGUGUGCGAUCGAUGUGGCAGGAAAUGCCGCGCUGCGAUAGGACUUUACAGCCAUCAACGGCGAUGCAGGACCCCAUAA